GUCUACGAGAUUACCGAAAGUGCAGAGAUCGACAUUUGCAUCAUCGAUAAUCGCAUCAGAGUGAUUCGGUGAAUUGUGUUGUACGCUUAGAAAUUUAUUCUGCAGUCCUGCAUGAUGCAUUAUUAUAUUUUAUAUCGAAGACCAACUUAGAUAAGCAUAACUGACACGCCCAUGGCGCGCAAGCCCUUAUAAUGACAGUGACAAAUAUAAAGGUGGAAGACUCAUAGAGUGAUGGAAGAAUUUUCAAGGCGACGGCGACGGGACGAAACUAAAAAAACUAUUGUGGACACAUCAACCGUAUCUACCCUUUGCCGGUGGCGACGGCGCGUCCUUUACGACGCAAGCGUCGGCCCAACCCCCAACAACAACCGGUAUGGAUUUUAGUCCGAUUCUGCCACCACUGCCGCCCCCGAGUAGAACAGCGUCGUCGGCGCCCCCGAUCAGCGGUGCCUGCCACACAUGGCUGAUGCUGCUGCCUGGCCCCAUCCUGCUGCUUACGAGGUAUUCACGCCAUCCUCACGUUGGUUUAGGUGAGUCACUCACGUCGCACACACCCUCCAACUACCUGCAGCCAUCAAUUUGCGGAUUUUCGGGAUGUAAGGUUUUAAGCGGCGGUUUUAGUGCCAUCGCGGUGCAGAAGAGAUAGGAUAGUUUCUGGUAA